GUAUUACUACCAUGCAAAGAGGAUGCAAAGCUUGGCGCUUCUUUUUGUUCAUGUUCGUUACUUCAUUUCCAUAGGAUAAAUCAAACGUUGAGCAUUGUUGUUCGGCCCUUCCUUGGCCCUUCUUGGUGUGAGAAGAAGCUUGCAGAGUGUAUCAUGGUGGCUUUGGAGCUGCGCAAUGGGAAAAGAUGCCUCCCCAGGCAACAGAUCCUGCCUGAUGUCGACCCCGAGGACCUCACCGCAGGGGCUCUGAAAGCUUUGAUAGGGAGGAAGCUCUGCAUCUCCUCCAAAGACAUGAAGCUUCUGCUGGGGGGCUGGCGGUUGCUGUCAGACCACGAGCGCGUUCAGGAUUUCUAUGUGGAGUACUCUUGUGACCAAACCACGCCGGGAUGUGAGACUAACUCAGGGAAGUCAGCAAUAAAGUAUGAUCUCUUCCUCUCCCGCUCCGCAGAGGUUGUCUUUGAUGUGGACAGGUGCCGUUUGUUUCAUCAGCAGGCGCAAGCGGCAGAAAUGGAGCUGAAAGAUGAGGAGGAGCUUGCUGCAGUUUGUUUUCUGGAUACGCUGGAGCUGCAUUCGAAGGUGACCUCCGCGCCCCUCCCUCCGUGGUUUCUCGCAUGGGCAGGGACAAAUGGAACAGUGGUUGUCCUUGUCAGAGGCGCCAAGGAUGCCAUCACGCGCCACGUCAGCCUAACCACGAUCAACAGAAGCACGACAGUCGCGGAUCUCAAGUCGAUGAUUUUCCACAAGACGGGUAUUCCCUUGGACGAGCAGUUACUGCUCUUUGCUGACGGCAGUAGAGUCAAAGUGGAUGGGGACCCCCGGAACACGUACUGCUGGCAGGCGGGGAUCCAGUCACAGUCCUUUCUCACAGUGGACAGGUGCGUCGGGAUGGGAAAGGAAGGGGAAAUGGGCCAAAUUUUCUGCAAGACAUUGACGGGGAAGACGAUAACGUUGAAGCAUUGCCUGACCGUCGACGAGCUCAAGAAGGCAAUCCAGGAGAAAACGACUAUCCCCCCGGACCAGCAGCGGCUGAUCUGGGGGGGGCAGCAGCUGGAGGAUGGGCGCACUUUGGCGGAGUACAACAUCCAAAACGAGAGCACCGUGCAUCUGGUCCUGCGCCUGCGAGCGGGAAUGUACCACGUCUCAAGUGGCAGAAUCGAUCUCGAGCAACUGCGAGCGCUGACGACCCAGCUUGAGGUCAAGAUGUUUCAAAGAGGAGUCUGCAUCGGCAAGCGGACUGUACGGAUCGAUGGAACCACGGAUGCCCGUCGAUUGAGCAAGGCCUUGGCCAGGCAGCUUCACAAGAGACUGAGGAGAAAGUGCGGGAGUUAGAAGCGAAGAAACGGGUGCUGGAACGGGCGAUUGAGGCGCUGAAGCAGAACGGGCACGCGAACAUACGCAGAGAAGCAGUAGUGAGGAUCGAGUAGUCCUACUUCAACGCUUGCAGCAGAUUUGUGCCAGUGUAUAGAUGAGCAGAUCCUAAAGAAGCGCAAGUCGGUCGCCAGAAAGAACAAGUCUCGCUGCUUUUCGUCUAGAAAUGUUUGAAAUUGCGGAUCCAUCGGGGCGUUACUGAUCUCCUGGAUUCAGCACUUUGCCUUCAUGGACGAAUUGGAUCCUGGGCUGAUGAGCGUGAAACGAGACUCAAUAAACCUGGCGGGUUUGUAAAAAAGUAGUUUCAUUUGAGAGUACUUAAUUAUGCCUCCCUCGCAGCUGAAUGUUCUCGCAGGCAAAUAC